UGACAUAACAUAACCUCAACAGCAGUGUUUAAUGUUUUGACUUUUGUAUUAUGAAAUCACUACAAUAAUUUGUCGAAUCAAUUGAUAUUGUCUUUAACGAAUAGAGUAAAAUGAAUGAAAUUAGGUCUAACUUUUUAUUUAAAAUAGCUUCGUUAGUGUCACAGCCAGUUGAAAAUGGAGUCAACGAUAUUUUGAAAAGUUAUUACUUGAUGCGCUGUCCAGAAUUUAUCUCCAACUCUGACCCUAGCAGCAGUUUAAGCAAACUUCGAUGUUCCCAUUGCUGCUUAGAAUGGAAAAGAAAAACAAAGUGUAGGAUUAAAUCCAAACUAAGCAAAAAACAGAAGCAAAGGAUAAAAGCAAGCACUGAUCCAAAGAAAAAAAAUCUUCUUAAUUGUGAUCAACUGGAAAAGAUAUGUUCAUUUUGUGGACAUGUUACUUCAAUAGUCAUCCCAAAAUUUAAUAGAAAGUAUACAAUUAAAAAACAGGAAGUUGGUGAAAAAGUGGAAAAGCAAUUGCCGCCAGAUAAAAAGCUUCCAAUUAAAAAGCAGAAAGUAGGUUCAACAAAAAGGAAAGACGUCUUAGGCAAUACAAAGACAUUAAAUGUUUACAGUAGUACUUCAGACAUAUUUUCUUUGAAACAUGACAAUAAUAAACUUCAACCAUCCAUUAAACAUGAAACAAUUAAAAACAACAAAAAGAAAAAAGAUAAAUUUGCUGGAUUAUGCCAGCAAGCUGUUUUAGCAUCUGCUAAAAUAAAACAAGCAAAGGACAAAAACAAUAAACUUAAUUUAUUUUUAAAACCAUCUGUAUAACAAAUAUAAAUAUA